UAAACUUUAAAAAAAUUAUUUGUUGUGUGUAAUGAAUGUACUGAGUAUAAGAUACACAUACUGUCACUAAACAAUGAGGUGUGAGUACAUUUAUGAAUGACACGGCGUUAGUUUAUAAUGCCGCGUAACUGCGACAUGGCGGGGUUUCGAGAAGUUGAUCGGCAACAGUUCCCGCUACAAGAUAUUUCUUCAAUUGUCGGUUUAUUUAAACAACAAUUAGAAAGUUCUUACGAGCCUGAUUUAGCACUGUUAUCCAUAAUUGUUGGAGCUGUUGAAAAUUCAUUAACAUGGAAUCGAGCAUUGUCGGCGCAGAAAGAGACCGAAAAUUUUACAGAAUUCAAGUUGCCUCCUGUCGAAUAUCACAUUGUAGAAGCAUUGUAUUCAAAGUUUCACGCUAUAAUAAAAGGCGCAGUCGAUCUUUCACUAUAUGGACUCACAAAAUUUGCUACACGGGAUCUAGUUAAGAAAGUGUCUGAUGUCAUUUGGAAUUCUCUGACACGAAGCUAUUAUAAGGAUAGGGCGCACUUGCAGAGCUUGUAUAGUUAUUUGACGGGAAACAAACUGGAUUGUUUUGGAGUGGCGUUCGCCGUGGUUGCCGGUUGUCAAGUUCUUGGAUUUCGUGACGUCCACUUAGCUCUGUCAGAAGAUCAUGCUUGGGUUGUGUUUGGAGAAGGAGGAAAAGAAACAGCCGAAGUUACGUGGCAUGGUAAGGGGAAUGAAGACAAGCGAGGGCAACCAGUUGGACCUGGUAUUGGAUCAAAGUCUUGGCUGUAUGUAAAUGGACGUCCUGUGAUAUGUACUAGGCCAAUGGAAGUUGCAGCUUUAGUCUCAGCAAUAAAUCCUAGCCUUAGUCCAACCACAGAGGCAAUGGAAAUAGCUUUGUUGCAACAAGAACUGCUGUGGUUAUUGUAUGAUCUGGGACAUUUGUCUCAUUAUCCAAUGGCUCUUGGGAAUCUGAGUGACUUGGAGGAAGUAAGUCCAACACCAGGACGACCUCCUUGCAAUGCCCUCUUCCAGGAAGCUGUUCUCUCAGCUCGAACAUAUUAUGCAAACCAACAUGUUUAUCCAUACACUUACCAAGGUGGUUAUUUCUACAGGCACAAAAUGUACAAACAGGCAUUUGAAAGUUGGGCUAAUGCCAGUGAUGUUAUAAGGCACUACAAUUACUCCAGAGAUGACGAAGAAGUGUACAAAGAAUUCCUGGAAAUAGCAAAUGAGCUGAUCCCUCAAGUGAUACGUGUGGUGGGAUCAGGUCACAGUGCACGUUCUCUACUCAAGGACCCAGAGUGCUUUGCGCACCUCUUACGUUUCUAUGAUGGAAUUUGCCAGUGGGAAGAAGGCAGUGCCACACCAGUAUUGCAUAUAGGUUGGGCAAAACCAUUAGUCAAUACUAUCUCAAAAUUUGAUGCAGCUGUACGUGCACGUGUCGACAUUAUAUGCCGAGGAGCUACACCAGAAAAUGGAGGCGAAGGCGGUGGGGACAAUGGAGGAGGGACAGGAAGUGCAAGUGGUCACCUCAAUAACAACAAUUACCGUGAAACAGACAUUGUUCGGAGUCUGGAAUCACGUGUCGGACCUGUAGGAACUUCUGCCGGAGCUCAUCCCAGCAUUGCUGCUCUUACUGCCGCUUGCGGUGAGAAGAUUCUCAAUCGAGAUUAUUUACUAGCAGGAGGGGGACCGCCAUUUGCUUCGGAAGGCCGCGAAUCGCCAGGCCCAUCAAGUGACAUACCAGAGCCGACUCCAUCUGUACCAUCAUUACCUCCACCAUUGCCGGUAGUGGAGGAAUUGCCCCUCGGACCUACUGAGGAGGGACGACCACAGGUGAUACUGCACUCUCAAAAGAUGCGUGGGUUGAAGGAUUUGCUUCUGGCAGAAAAACUGAAUACUCAUGCCAUCUCUUUGCAACUUACAGCACAGUCACAAGUACAGGUAGGGCGCAAAGUACGUGCAUCUGACCAUGAUUCAAUGGAUGGCUUUGGUAUUCGCAACUCUUAUAAACGUGCCAGGAGAGAGUAGCUAAGGCAGUCCUAAGUUAUAAUCCCACUUUACUUCGUUGUCCCACAUUUGCUGUGUAAUUUUAAGAAAUAACACAGUGAUUGCUGAACUCGAGUACAAAUCCAUCUCCAUUAAAAAAGAAAAGUGGUUGUCUAUUCUUGAGAUAUGUCUUCUGUAGUUCCAUUUUGAAAAUAGAAGCACAGGCAGUUUAACCAAAAUCUUAUAGUCUCUAUGUAGUAUAAGUAUAUUUGACUAAAGUCAUAAUAAUAGCUUUGCCCACACUAUUUAUUUGUUCAGGGUACAACCCAGUCAAUCAUAGAAAUGUGAUAUACUGUCAGGUCUGACCGACAGUUGUGAUCUUCCCCCCCCCCCCAGUGUUUAGUCAGAUUCUCUAACUUAAUAGAAUAUUGAGAAUUUAAGGUGAAAUACUGUAAGCACGUUAUUUAACUACAAUUGAUGUAAAUUACUGCACCAAAUUGGUCCAAAUAUAAAAGAGUUAUUGAUUGUCAGAUAUUCUAAGUGUACAAAAGAAGUGUUGUAUAAAGUGCAAUCAGCCGAGUCCAGAAAAGGCUGUAAACAAACUAGUUUGUGGUCUGAGGAUUGACUAUGAGCUUAAGCGAAUAUGUAACGGUAAACAUGAUGCAGUUAACUGGAGGUACUUUUCUUCAAGAAAGCACUGGAAAGGUUUAUAAUUAAGUCUCGGCAUUCUACAUAAAUGGAUAUUUGUUUAUGUUGUUUGAGCCUCAUCAGCUGAUACAUUUACAAUGGCCAGCUCUGAAAUGUCAUACAUAUUUAAAUAACCAAUUUAAGAAUGUUCUUUCCAGCUAUUUUGUAUCUUAAACGUAAAAUAUGAAGAGAAAAAAAGAAAAGCAUCA